GCUUGAAAUAUUUUGCGACUCCUGCGGAGGCCAAAAUAAAAACUAUACGAUGAUGCGAUUUCUACACUACGUCGUGCAUACGGAGAAAAGGCUAGACAGUGUGAAAGAUUCAUUUCCGAUACGAGGGCAUUCGUACUUAGAGUGCGACAAGGAUUUUGGUUUAAUAAACCAAAAGAGUAGAAUCGAAGUUCCAGAAGAAUGGUAUGAGGUGUUUAAAAUGGCAAGAAUCAAACCGGUCCCUUUUGAUGUUGAAAAAGUUACACAAUCGUACUUUCGAAGUUGGACUGCUUUUCUAUUAAAACGCUACCGACGUAUAUGCCCUUUUCCUUCUAGACCGCUCAAGGAACUAAAAAUAGCCAAGGAACAUCCCAGAUUGAUUUUACAUCGGGAUAGCUAUAAUGGUAGUUGGGAAAGUAGUGUCGUCAUCGACGCGAAAUUUAAAGUCGUGGGAAAAAAUAAACUAAAAGAAGAAGAGUUUGAACUUCCAGAUUAUUUAUACAAAGAUCUAUUGCCUAUAAGUACAUCAAAAUGGAAGGACCUUCAGAACCUUAAAAAGUUUUUACAUUCAUCUGCUCAAGACUACUUCAAUUCGGUACCACACGAGUGACAUGGUUGUGUAGCAGGUAAAACGAACUCUUUUUCUCAAGUCUGUUCAAUCUAAUUUGAGCUAUAUUUUUAGAUACUCAGCCCAAAAGUUCUAUAAUGAUGACAGACACCAACUAAGCACUUUAAAAUUUUAGUUUUAUGGGCAUUUAUUCAAAUAUUGCCUUUUUUUUUGAAAUAUCAUGUUAUUUUUUUCAUGACAUAACUCCUUUUUUCCCUGUCUUAAUGUGACUUUUUGUGAAAAAAUGCCUUUUUUGAGAUUAAAAAAAAUGUUAAAAAUCUAACUGUGUGUAUUUUUUGUACACCAGAACCCUAUUAAAUAAUAGUACAUAAAAAUAAUGUCUACUUUGCUUUCGUAAAUUAACUUUUAAAGCUCUUCAAACUUUUAAAAGCGUUUUUCUCGGAACUGACUUUUUUGACAUAUCGCCUUCUUUUCCU